AUGGUACAAGCAUUUAUGGCUAAUGUUAUUUUUCCAACUAAACAGGAAGAUGAACAGUAUAAAUAUACAGAUGAUAGUCAUUUACUUAUUUUGGAAACUUAUGUUGGUGUAAGUGUUGAAGUACUUGAAUCAGAUGUUUUUCGUAGUGAUACACCAUGUCGAUUUAAAAUUGUUCCGAGUGCAAAAAUAAAUAUCGAAAAAAAAAAUAAUAAAUAUCGAAUUUUUUGUUUUUUUAGUGAAACAGUUCAAUAUUUAAUUGAUAAUAUUGAUCGAACACUUCAACAAUCAAUUGAAAUUGAAGAAAAAUUAUCAAUAGAUUUAAUAGAAAAUUUAUCUGAAAUUAAAGAAGAUAUUCUUCAACGAUUACAACAUUUAAAAAAUGUUCCUAAUCGUCUUGAAAAUCCUAAUAUAUAUCAUUUAGAUGUUGGUGCUAUGUAUCCAAAUAUAAUUUUAACAAAUCGUUUACAACCAUCAGCUAUUGUUGAUUCAACAAUAUGUGCACAAUGUGAUUUAAAUCGUCCAAAUGCNUGA